AUGGGGGCAGAGAACUCCAAACCUUCAAACGAGGUCGCCCAGCACGUAUUCUCAUCAGAUGCCCCCGUCCGAUUCUCAAAUGAAUUGGUAGAUUCGCUGCAGAGGAACACUCAAACCGAUUCCAUCCGAUCCAAACAACAAGAACUGCAAUACCAAACCCGCCUGACCUCUGAGCUCGAGAAACUCCGCGAACAGGAAACUCAGAACUUCUCUAAGCUAUCCGAGACUCUCGCUGAGGAAGCCGAAAGGCCGUCUGAACCGACUCUUGCCGACAAGCUUAGCGACGCAACAUCCAGUUCCUCCACGCUCGCCGAGAAGCAACGACAAAAGGAUAUGAGCCGGGAUAGCGUGACCAAGGAAAUAGAGGCGUUGAAGAAGAAAUUGCAGGGUAGGAAGAGGAUAGAACAAGUAGACUCCGCAUUGGGCAAGGCAAAGGAGGAUGUCGCUACUUGCCUAAGGCUGAACGAUCGAAGGCCCCUCGAUUGCUGGAAAGAAGUGGCGACGUUCAAGAGGGAAGUCGGGCGGUUGGAGAAAGAGUUUGUGGAGAAGACCAUUAGGUGA